CGCGCGCGCUGACGUCGCGCAGCCUCUUCCCUUCCGUCGCUGCCGCCGCCGCCGCUGCCGCCAUUGGAGUCGGUGCCUUCUCAGCGCGUCCGCGUCCGCGUCCCGGCUCGCCGCUGCCGCCCGCCUGCGGCCCGCGCGCUUUGCAGGCCCUGCCUGGCCAGCGCCCCGGGACUUGGCGGCGGGGCCCGGGGCCGCGCGAGCGGGGGUGACAGACCCGGCCUCUCGGGGAGGCCCGAGCCGGCGGGCGCCCCGGCCCCGCGCCGCGCCGCGCCGUUCAUGAAGCAUGUCGGCCACCAGCGUGGACCCCCAGCGAACAAAAGGACAGGAUAACAAAGUACAAAAUGGUUCUUUGCAUCAGAAGGAUACAGUCCAUGAUAAUGACUUUGAGCCCUACCUUUCCGGACAAUCAAACCAGAGCAACAGCUACCCAUCGAUGAGCGACCCAUACCUGUCCAGCUACUACCCACCGUCCAUCGGAUUUCCUUACUCCCUCAACGAGGCCCCCUGGUCCACCGCAGGGGACCCUCCGAUUCCAUACCUCACUACCUACGGACAGCUCAGUAAUGGAGACCAUCAUUUUAUGCACGAUGCUGUUUUUGGGCAGCCCGGGGGUCUAGGGAACAACAUCUAUCAGCAUAGGUUUAAUUUUUUCCCUGAAAAUCCUGCAUUCUCAGCAUGGGGCACAAGUGGGUCUCAGGGGCAGCAGACGCAGAGCUCCGCGUACGGGAGCAGCUACACCUACCCACCAAGCUCCCUGGGUGGCACAGUGGUCGAUGGGCAGACAGGCUUUCACAGCGACACCCUCAGCAAGGCCCCCGGGAUGAACAGUCUGGAGCAAGGCAUGGUCGGCCUGAAGAUUGGGGAGGUCAGCACCUCUGCAGUCAAGACCGUGGGCUCUGUCGUCAGCAGCGUGGCACUGACUGGUGUUCUUUCAGGCAGUGGUGGGACAAAUGUGAGCAUGCCGGUUUCCAAGCCGACCUCAUGGGCUGCCAUCGCCAGCAAGCCUGCAAAACCACAGCCCAAAAUGAAAGCCAAGAGUGGGCCUGUGAUGGGGAGUGCGCUGCCCCCUCCACCUAUAAAGCAUAACAUGGACAUUGGCACCUGGGAUAACAAGGGGCCCGUGCCCAAGGCCCCGGCCCCCCAGCAGGCACCGUCCCCACAGUCUGUCCCACAGCCCCAGCAGGUGGCUCAGCCGCUCCCAGCUCAGCCUCCCCCUUUGGCCCAGCCACAGUAUCAGAGCCCUCAGCAGCCCCCACAAACCCGCUGGGUUGCCCCUCGCAACAGAAACGCAGCAUUUGGGCAGAAUGCAGGGGCCACCAGUGAUAGUAACUCUCCCGGAAAUGCCCAGCCUAACUCUGCCCCCAGUGUAGACUCCCACCCUGUCCUUGAAAAACUGAAAGCUGCCCACAGCUAUAAUCCUAAAGAGUUUGAUUGGAAUCUGAAAAGUGGGCGUGUGUUCAUCAUAAAGAGCUACUCCGAGGAUGACAUCCACCGCUCCAUCAAGUACUCCAUCUGGUGUAGCACAGAACAUGGCAACAAGCGCUUGGACAGCGCCUUCCGCUCCAUGAGCAGCAAGGGGCCCGUCUACCUGCUCUUCAGUGUCAACGGGAGUGGGCAUUUCUGUGGGGUGGCUGAGAUGAAGUCCCCUGUGGACUAUGGCACCAGUGCUGGGGUCUGGUCUCAGGACAAGUGGAAGGGGAAGUUCGACGUGAAGUGGAUUUUUGUCAAGGAUGUGCCCAACAGCCAGCUCCGGCACAUCAGGCUGGAGAACAACGACAACAAACCGGUCACAAACUCGCGAGACACGCAGGAGGUUCCCUUAGACAAAGCCAAACAAGUGCUGAAGAUCAUCGCUUCCUACAAGCACACAACCUCCAUCUUCGACGACUUUUCUCACUACGAGAAGCGCCAGGAGGAGGAGGAGGUGGUGCGCAAGGAACGGCAGAAUCGAAACAAACAAUAAGGACCAGACGGUUUCUUACGUGUUCUAACAUUGGACUUUGAAAACCAGUUUUAAAAACGUGUGCUUGGUCAGCUCCAGCGUGUCGUCCUGUGCAGGGUUGAGUGUUGCAUCUUUUACCUUUUUCGUAGUUUAUUUUUGCCCAGAUGGAUCUGUGUUCGUUUGUAUUUUUUCUAUGUGUUAUGAUAUUGUAGAACUCACUAAUAAAGGAGUAUUUUUUUUGUCAGUUUA